AUGCCAAAAAGAAAAAGAGCUGUUAACAGUAGACAAAAGCGAGAGAAUGACAAAAAGAGAAAAAGGCAGCAGAGACAAAAAACUGCACCUGGAGAUGUCCCAGCAGAUCAGACUCUAACAGACUCUUCUGUUCCUUGUCGGACAGAGGAGGAAGCUGUUUCAGCUUCUCCCGGUAAUUUUCCGGGGCUUGGUUUUAUGGGGUUCCCACCUAAAGAGGAAAAACCCCUGGCCAGGGUGCAGGCCUCGCCUCGAGUGAAAAUGCAUUCACCUGCCCCGAGGUUGCCAUCUCCUCGGGGAAGUCUGUUUGUCCGUGAACAGGACAAGGCACCGUCCCCUGACUCCCUAGAAAGGGUUUGUGCUCCACCGAGGGCAUCUGGACCGGACACCGUGCACGUGUCUGGACCAGCAGGUCAGGCGCAGUUGGAAACCUCCAUGUAUGUAGGGACCAGCAGGAAAAUAAAAGAUGAGGGCAACUUGACGGUAAACAAAAAGGAAACUAAAAGGAAAUCAAAUAGAAAUGAGAACGGAAACAAUGAGAAACAUACUUUUUCAGAUAGAUAUAAUGAUGGAAAGACUGAGAAAACUAGUGCAGAUUUGUGGCGGCAGAAAUCAUCUAAAGAAGAUCACACAGACUUGACUCAAAUCCCAAAUGAAUAUGAGAAGCGAUGCCGAAAUCGAAAACGAAUGCAAGAAAUAAGACAAACACCAUCAGGUAAUGCAAAGAAACAGUGUUAUGCAGAGAAAAGAAGACAGUCUUUAAGAAAAAGAUACAAGUCUGAUUUACAAUUUAGGGAAAAGAAACUGAAAGCCGCUUCUAAGAGAUAUUUAUGCGAUGAAGAAUUUCAAGCAAAUGUAAAAAAUAUUAGGAAGCAAAGGUAUCAUGCUGAUGUUGAGUACAGCACCAAAACAAAAGAAAGAAGCAAAAUUAAGUACGCAACUGACCCAGAACAUAGACAGAAAGUAAAAGAAAGAAUUGUUGUAAAGUAUGCAACAGACCAAGAUCAUAAAAAAGCUUUGAAACAAAGAAGUAUUGAAAAAUAUGAAUUAAAUGCUGAACACAGAGAAACUGUAAAGGCAAGGAGCAAACUGAAGUACAAGUUUGAUGAAGCACACAGGAUACAAGUCAAUGAAGCAAGUACAAAACGAUACAGGGAAAAUAAAACCUACCGGGAUGCAAAACUUAAUGCAGCGGCUGAGAAAUACGAGUCUGAUGUUUCGUUCAGGUCAAAAAGAAAAGCCUCGAGUAAAAAUCAGUAUGAUUCCAGUCCAGCUAAAAAAGCACGAAUCAAGGAGAGAAUAACAAAUCAGAAAUCUGUUAAGCGAGCUAAACUUGAAAACCAGGAUGAGAUAGUGAAAUUAUUUAAAGAGAAAGCUGUGCAGGGCAUAGAUUAUUCAUGUUGCUGCUGUGAUCGACUCUUGUUCAAAAAUCAAGUUCAGAAGUGUGAACAACACAACUAUGCUAAAAAUGAGCAUGCAGCAAAUGUUGCAGACUUGUGCAUUCAAGACAAGUAUUGCCACCAUUGUUCAAAAGCAUGUCCAAAAAAUUGUGUUAAGUCCAACUUAUGGAUUUGUUUUACAUGUCAUAGAAAAAUCUUGAGUGGAAAUAUUCCAGCAGAAGCCGCAGCUAACAAAAUGACACUUGAAGAUAUUCCAAAGGAAUUCCAAGAAUUAAACAGUCUUGAAAAACACUUGAUUGCAAUACACAUUCCAUUCAUGAAAGUUAUGGCACUUCCACACGGUGGUCAGCAAAAUAUUCAUGGACCAGUUGUGUGUGUCCCAUCUGAUCUGAAGAAAGUAACAAGUUUACCAAUGAAAACUGAUGAAGACCUGUUACUUAGAGUAAAACUUAAGAGAAAGCUAAAUUAUAAAGGUUAUAUCGAAUACCAGUUCGUGAACCCCAAGCAUAUAUUUGAGGCAUUAGAAUAUUUGAAACAAAACAAUCAAUGGUAUCAAGAUGUAACAAUAGAUACAAACUGGAAACCAACUGUCGAAAGCUGCCAAAUAACCGAGCAUAAUGAACAAUUACCAAACGAUGAGGAUCAGCAACAGAUAGCGACUGAUACUUGUUUACAACCAGUUGAUAUUGCUCAAGACGUUCUCGACCAUUACUUUGAUGAUAUUUACGAUAUUGCUCCUGGUGAAGGAAAUAAUCCGAUAAGAAUGUUACAGGAACCAGGCAACGAGGCAAAAUCAUUUCCGUACCUCUUUCCUACUGGAAAAUUUUCAUGGAAUGAGAAGAGAGAAACACGAAUUACGUUGUCAAGAUACUUCAACAACCGUCUUAUGAAUACUGAUGACAGAUUCGCAAAAGACAGCAACUAUGUUUUCUUCAGCCAGUUCAUGUCUGAUUUAAAUCAAGUUAUAGAAAAGACACAGAUAUCCAUCAGAAAAUCGGUUAGAAGAAUAGAAGGGGAGCGUAAAAUGACUGCUAAUAUGGUACAAAACCCAGAAAUUUUAUCAAAGAUGAUGAAAAAUGACGAGGCUUUGCGAUUCAUGCAACCCAUACGUGGAACACCAGCAUAUUGGUCAGCCGCACAAAAAGAUCUGUUUGCUAUGCUUCGUCAAUUAGGAAUUCCUACAUGGUUUUGCUCAUUCUCUGCUGCAGAACAUAGAUGGAGUGAUGCAAUUGCAACAAUACUAAGACAGCAAAAUGAUAGCAGAGAUCCAAGUAAGAUGGACUGGGCUGAAAAAAAUGAAGUCCUCAGAAGUAAUCCUGUCACAGUUGCUAGAAUGUUUGAACACAGAUUUCACGUUUUUCAGACGGAAGUUAUAUUUUCACCAUCACAACCGAUUGGAAAAGUUUCAGAUUAUUUCCAGAGAGUCGAAUUUCAGCAAAGAGGAUCACCACACAUGCAUUGUUUAUAUUGGAUAGAAAAUGCACCAAAACUUGAUGAAAACGGAGAGGAGGAAGUAUGCAAUUUUAUUGACAAGUAUGUAAGUUGUGCAAUACCAUCUGACAAUGAAGACUUGGAGCUCAAGAAUAUUAUUUUGUCUGUACAACAACACAGCAAAAAACAUUCGAAGUCAUGUAGAAAAAAGGGCACAGAAUGUAGGUUUAAUUUUCCUAGACCACCAUCUACUUGUACGUUUAUAAACUCUCCAAACGAGCAGGACACACUUGAAGAUGAUGCUGAUGCAAUUCAGUUAAAAGUGGAACAUGCAAAAGCUAAACAAAUCCUAUUACAAGUUUGGAAUGAAGUACAAGAUGAAGAAAAUGGACUGGAAAACACAGAACAGAUUUUCGAAAAAUUGGGCUUGACACAGUCUCAGUACAUAGAAGCACACAAAAGAUUAGCAAAGAAAACAUCAGUAGUUCUAAGAAGAAACCCUUCAGAACUGUGGACCAAUCAAUAUAAUCCGUGUCUUUUGAAAUGCUGGGAUGCUAAUAUGGAUAUUCAGUUUGUUUUGGAUCCAUUCAGUUGUAUUGUCUACAUAAUUUCUUACAUUUCAAAGUCUGAGAGAGAAAUGGGAAUGGUGUUAAAGCAAACGAAAAUAGAGGCAGAAGAGGGUAAUGAGAGUGCCCGUACAACCUUAAAGAAAAUCGGUUCUGCAUAUUUAAAUCAUAGGGAAGUGAGUGCUCAAGAAGCUGUCUAUCGUGUAUGUAACCUGAAAAUGAAGGAAUGUUCAAGAAAGGUUGUAUUUGUACCAGUGGGUGAAAAUCCGACAAGACUGACAAAACCGUUGUCCCAAAUCAAAAGAAAACGCACAACAAAAGACGAUGACGAAGAUGAAGAAGACGAUGAAGACAUUUGGAUGACAAACAUAGUAGAAAGAUACGAAAAUCGGCCAAACGAACCAUUUUUUCAAAAUAUGUGUCUUGCAGAGUUUUGCUCAGAAUUUAGAGUGCUUGCUAAAUCACAGGUUCCCAAGACUCAUAAUGAAAAUGUGUAUGAACUGCAAAACUCAAAGGGAUUCAUUCAAAAGAGAACACGCACACAACCAGCAAUUAUACGAUACCCAAGAUUUGAUGCUGAGAAAAUGUCAGAGAAGUAUUACCAAAGCCUGUUACAACUAUUUUUGCCUUACUGGGGAAUUAAUCAGUUAAAACCACCAGGUUUUGAUCAAUAUGAUACAUUUUACGAAAACGGAUACAUACGAAUCACAGCAAAGCAGAAGUUGAAAUCAGUCAAAUCAAUUGUGGACGAAAACAAAGCAAGGUAUUCUCAAAAUGAAGAUGUAAUCGCACAGGCACAGGAAAACUUUGAAAACAUCGGGGUACCAGAAGAUGCUUGGGCAAAUCUCUGUCCAGAGACAGAAUUAAUGAGACAUGAAUUGUCUGCAGAAAGAAAUGUUGAUCUUGAUUUGAAUGCUACUGAAGAAUUGCCAGAUAUGCAGUCACAAAAGACUAAUAGUGAUGUUCUUUACAAGGUGAUGGUCUUGUUAAUGGAGUUAUGGGAGUUGUAUCAAAAUUUGUAUAUGGCCAGAGACAUGCAGAAAAAAGUGUUGUUGCAGUAG